CUGUCUUUUGUCAAUGUAACACGGGAUAUUCACUCCCCUAAGUGAUUUUAUCCGUGUAUACGUUUUGAAUUGUGAGCUAUUCUUUCAGUUACUAUUUGAAAUUACACAACGAAAAAACCAAAAGGAAAUAAAAAUGUCUGGAUUAUAUUUGAUUCAAGUGGCAAUGUGCUUUUGUUUCAUGGGCGGUUAUUAUGGGCAACCAUUGUAUGAAGACAGAUGCAGAAACAACCUUGUCAAUGGGAUGGACCAACGUUUAAAGGAAGCCUACGAUCGGGACGUGCUAUUGCAGACUCAAGUGGACAACUUAAAAAAUCAACUUGAUAUUGUUAGAGGGACAGUAGAAUUUUUACAAUUUCAUCGUAUGUGUUUAAAUGAAAACGGAACAUAUUAUGAGGAAAACUCCUUCAAGAAUCAAUAUUGUUUCAUAGAAACUUCUUUGACCUGGAAUGAUGCCAAGAAGAAAUGCGAAUCAUUUAAGUCAUAUCUUCUCGAGAUCAACUCGAAAGCAGAACAAAACUGGUUGAAAGAUAAAGUUUCAGGAGGCUAUUGGUGGACAGGCGCCAUCAAAGAUAGAAAUAAGAACAUUUGGGUAUGGGAUCAUUCAGACAGUGAACUGGUUUUCACGAACUGGGAUUCGAAGGAUUCCCAACCGAACGGCGAGAGUAAGGAAAAAGAUGAAAAUUGUGUUUUGUCAGAGUUCGGUUUCUGGCAUGAUUAUCCGUGUCAAGACACAUUCAACAUGAUUUGUGAGAGAGGAGAAUAAAAAGCUCCAAUGGUCUAUGUCAGCAAUGUCAAACUUUAACCGCCGCCUGUCCUCCCGAUGAUGCUACUAACGCCAAUAUCUGAUAGAUGUAUUUUUAUGUACAUUUCUUGUGUGACCGAUGUGUAUAUUUAUUAAUUGCAAAUGGUUUAACAUUUCAAUUCCUUCUGUUGUUCUUAACUGUAAUCACGCUAUGAAAAAAUGGUAAUGAUUAUACAUUGUUUAAAAAAGGAAUUUAUUAACUCUAGUUUUGAUUAAAACAAAAUUAUAAUUUUAAUACUUAACGAUGUACAGUGUAAUAGCUCCUUACAACGUAUAAAACGCAUGGUUAUCGCCUCGCCUUCUAUGGACUUUACCGACCCACAAACUUUUGUAAAAAGUCAGUGACAAACCUAAGAAGAAAUAUUGUAAGGGGCCUUCAUAUAAAAAAUACAAGAUGAAAAAACUGAAUUUGACCUAAGGAAAACAUGGUUAUCUAACGAGGAGUGGUGAAUUUAUUAUACCGAAGGACAUUCCGGUGGGGGGGGGGGGGGGGCUGGAUAUGCAUUUAACAAGAUUCUUAAUGAAUGCAAAGAAAGCAAAUGAAUCCGACACGUUAAAGUCAAGUCUAGGAAAUGAGAACCGUUAUUUGGCUGACAAGAAGUUGAACAUUAACAUCGUUACUGUCUUCCUAAAAUAAGAGAGUUGAAAUAAUUAAAUGUCUCCGGGUUGUGAACUUUCUCUUCUUUGUGAUAGGUGGAAAAUACAUUAUAUGAAAAAUGUAUAUAGGUAGAAAAAUGCAUUAUAUGAACAAUUACAUUUAUUUCAUUGGUUGAAAAACUAUCCGGCGCAAGGGAGAUAAUUUUCUGAUUUUUUUUUUACGUAUUACUUAACAAUCUUCGUAGAUUUUAAACUUUGCAUAUUAGAUACUGUAAAACUAACAUGAGCAGAACAAGAUGCUGAAUGCUGUGGUAUUACGUUUGAUUUUAUUUGAAUAAUACGACCCUUCCUAAGGUCUCUUUUUUCCUACUAUAUUCGAUCUCAACUCACAAGCACGUAAUAUGCAUUUCUCAAUUUUAGGCACGCACGCUUUUCGGUUUGGUCGAUUUGAAAUUAUUAGCAUCCUCAUCCCUAAUAUGUGCAUGAUAGUUUAUUUGCACCCAUUUAUUUUACCCGGCCUAACCUUAAAAGUGCACCUUUCUCUCUUACAGCUGAUGAACAUGAACUAUUCAAAAUUGUAGAUUAAUAAAUAACAUAGGUUUCUAUCAAUCAUUUGAAAACAUGAAACCAUUCGUAAAUAAAAUUGCCUUUUCUAAUUGAAUUGUCUCAUAUGGUUAUUAGAUUUACCAUUACAUGUUAUUUACUUACAUUUUUUGUCAAUACUUUGUUUCAAAUCAGUGUUGCACUUUUCAAAUUAUACUGCAAAUAACAAAAAAUAAUUAUGGGAAAUCGUACAAUUCAAUUUACAUGCAUAAGGCAUGUCAACAGUAAUUUGAUGUUUUAUGAAAGGUCUACAUAUAUUUUGCAUGGAUGGGUA